GUCGACAAUCCAAAACUGCUUUGCGCAAGUGUGGCUGUGGGAACCGCCAAAAAAACGGGCGAUGCUGAUUCUUUGAUGGAUCGAGUGGUCAACGCCACAUAUGACCUUUGCCGGUCGAAUCCGGGUGCGGGAUUGAUUCCAACCUUCCCUGACUUUGCCCCGCUUCUCGCAAAGAUGUCUGAAACGCAGACUCGGAGUGAAGAUCCAGGUUACCAGGUCACCGUGGUCAAUGCUGAUGGGUUGAUUGUGAAGGAACCCUUCUUUGAGCAGUUCGGGGAAGGUGAGAAUGAGAUUGCCGAAUUUCACGCCAUCAUUGAAGACCAUAACAGCAAGUACAACCGCGAGGGUGUGCGACUUGCGCGGGAGACCACCGCCAAUCCUGUGGAAAGUGAAGGUUCUGGCCCAAUGUCCUGCCCUUUGGUUGAGAGCGCUGAGCCGCUGACCAUGGACAAGUUGGCCAGCAUGGAUUUGUCCAGUCCUUGGCAAUUGUUCGCACUCCCUCACCCUCACCUAGAUUAGGCCUUCUAGAGCCACAUUGAUGAUAUUUCUUGCAAGCAAGGGCAGGUGACCCAUAUAGCCAAGGUCUGAACUCCAGAUCAACUCAACCCUCUCCCUGCUGGUGAAUGAGUCCGGAACUGCUUUGCAAACUGACGCUGCAUUGACACAUUUCUGUUACAACCUCCCUUUGUCGACCAAUGUUUAGACAGUUUCUUUCCGUUCUUUCCACACAUUCAGGCCUGGUUCCCUCCAAAAGAGUUGGUUUAUGCUUUCCGGAUCGCUAUGUUAUGUUUCUU